AUGGCUGAAGAUGGCUUGCCGAAAAUUUACUCUCAUCCUCCAACCGAAAGCAGCAGGACAACUGAAGCAACCAUUUUCUUUGGGGCCGACAACACUAUUCCUAAAUCAGAAACAACUAUUAGUUCAGAAGGAGACCACAUUACUUCAGUAAAUGACUAUAUGCUAGAAAGUGAUUUUUCAACAACUACAGACGACAAGCCUCCAAAGGAAAGAUUAAAAUCAGAAGAUGAUGUUGAAUCCCAUCUGGAGAAAGAAUUUGCCACUCUGACAGACACUAAAAAUCCCAUAGCUAAUGGAUCUAUUACUGAGAACUCCAUGCCGGUGAAAAUUGGCAAUAUCCCACCACCAACUGCUGUUUCUUUAAUAGAUUUUUCCACUAACACAGCAAAAGAUGAUAUUCUCUUGGAUACCAUUGACCUAGGGGAUGAAGAUGUGUCACUAACUUCCAGAGCCUCUGGCACACUAAAGGGAAGCACAGCCAGCACUGAUGAGACCUCUGUCCUUCCAGCUAAAAUGGGUGAACCUGAUAUUAACAACUGUAGUUCCUCAAUUAAGUCCAAUGACACUGCUGAUGAGACUGUCCCGGUCACUGACUCCUAUAUCCCUGAGGGUGAAAUCUCUCCCGCGGCUGAAAAACAAUUCGCCACCAUUCCAGAUAUAAUCGCCCUUACAGAAGAGAAGAGAACUGAAAUUGACUUAAUUCUUCCAGAGGAUGACCCCAGUGCUGUGCCUAAACUAAGUGACUCAGAUGAGGAAAAGUUUAUCACUGUGUUCGAACUCACUACCACUGUUGAAAGAGACAAAGAUAAUGCAGAAGACAUUCUGCUAACCAAUGAGGAGUCUACAGAUGGAGGCAAUGUUUGGAUGGAGAGAGAUACGGCAACUGAAGCAGAGAACCAGUCCAUUUUGCUUACUGCUGUUGAAUCCAGAUAUGGCUUUGUUGUCCCUGCAUCAGUAGCUAUGAACUUCAUGGAAGAUUCAUGUACCAUGACAAAGGAAGAUUCAUCUGAAAAUAAUAGAAUGGAAUCUGUAACUAAGGACACAGAAGCAUUGUCAGGAACUACCCCUGAUCCAGAUACCCUAACCCAUGAGGAAGACACUUUCACAAAUGAAAUGGGUGUCUUUAAACUAUUGAAAGAAGAACCAGAUGAGUUCCUGAUUUGA